CGAGAUGGUAGAAGAUACGACAUCUCCUAACAAUCAGCCUGCGCCGCUUUAUGAGACCGUAACGACGACCGUCAGGAAGUACUACCGCCAUCCACCCAGCGAGAGCCACGCGGGGCUAUUAGAGCCACCCUCAGAGCUCAUACGGAUGCCGUUCUCCGGCCUCGUCCGUUCUGGAUACGUAUACGACUACGAAAUGACGAGACAUGCUCCAUUCGACGAAGACGACCAUCCAGAGCAGCCAGCGAGAAUAACGUCUAUUUACGAAUCUUUGAACAACUCACAAUGUAUCAAGCGAAUGCUCAAAAUCAAUUCACGAAACGUCACUAGAGCAGAGGUCACUCUCGUACACUCGCCAGAGCACUGGGAUAGAGUUAACAUGCUGGCCUUUAUCCCGGAAGUCGAACUGCGCGCUUUGAUUCCGUUGCACGAGCGCAUGUCCAUCUACGUCAACCCUAUGACAACCUACGCAGCCCUCUUAUCAGCUGGUAGCUUGCUCGAACUUACAAAAGCCGUCUGUGAUGAACGCAUUCGUAAUGGUUUCGCCAUCGUGAGACCACCAGGUCACCAUGCUGAGCCAGAGCAAAUGAUGGGUUUCUCUUUCUUCAACAACGCCAGUAUAGCAGCUCGUUGGGCACAGAAGAACUAUCCAAAUUCUGUAAAGCGGGUACUUAUUCUCGAUUGGGAUGUACAUCAUGGUAAUGGCACACAACGCGCAUUCUACGAUGAUCCUAGCGUGCUUUACAUAUCUCUCCAUCGUUAUGAAAAUGGGACAUUCUAUCCUGGAAGUGAUUUCGGUGGUAUGAAUAUGACUGGUAGUGGUGCUGGCGAAGGAUUUUCUGUCAAUAUCCCUUGGCCUCAUGCGGGCAUGGGUGACCCUGAAUAUCUCCAAGCAUUCAACCAAGUAGUUAUGCCAAUAUCGCAAGAAUUCGCACCAGACUUGGUCAUAAUUUCCGCGGGAUAUGAUGCCGCUAUAAAUGACCCCCUUGGUGAAAAUUUGAUAACACCGCUUGGAUAUGCGCAGAUGACACACCAGUUGAGUAGCUUAGCGGGCGGGAAAAUGGUCGUAGCUUUGGAGGGAGGUUACAACCUUGACUCAAUCGCAACAUCAGCAACAUCAACCACUCAAACACUCCUUGGUGAAAUACCACCACAGGCCCCAUUCAAUAGUGUUGCGAAGACGACCGCAAUGGAAACACUCCAUGAUGUCUGUAUGGUUCAGUCGAAAUACUGGAAAUCAGUAUCACCAAAGUCAAAUGUCAACAGCAGUUUGCAGCCAUCAUCAGAAAAUGUCACAUCUAUCUACGAAGUAUUAUCGAAAUACCGCGAACAACUCUUAUACGAAAAGUAUAACAUGUUCAGCUUGGAUAUCACUGAUGAAGAGAUCAAACGGAGGUUCGAGAACCAAGUUAUGGCUACGAGUGAUCUAUACAGCGUGGAUACUCUACUCGUGAAUGUCCACGACUUUGGUAAUCUUCUCUUUGAAAGCAAGAAUAAUGGUGAAAUCAAGCUUGAUAAGUCAUUCCUUGUUGAUACGACUGAACGGAUACUUGAUAUGGCCGAAUCUAAGAAAUGGGGUGUGAUAGAUGUAAACAUUUUCCACAAUUUCGCGAACCAAUCUCGUCAAACGAGACUACUCCGUACCCAAAUAGACCCAGUUAAGGACCUCCUGGUGUGGCUUUGGGACAACUUCAUUGAUCUCUCUAAACCUAAUUUGAAGGUAGUCUUCGUUGGUUUUGGUAGUGCCUGUGCGGCAAUUACGAAGUUUUUCGAAAUGCGAAGGUCAACUGUGGAGAAACGGGUGCAUGCGAGUAUCUACAUACCUGGUAUGUUGGAUGUACCGCGUGUGCUAAAGAUAAUGAAAGACUGGUAUGAGUCUAAGACACUGGUUAUAAUUCCAUCUGUUCAUGAUCACGUUGAAAAUGGAAAACCAUUUAAGAGUUUUGGUAAGGUACUCGCCAGUACAGAAUCAAGCAGUUGGGUAUUAGUUGAGAAACAUUACGACGAUAUUCUCGAAUGGAUAAGCAGCAGAAAUGGAGACAGACUGUCGCCUCCAAGUAGUGUAUUUGCAGAAGGUAGUAACAAGAUGGAAGUAACUUAGUCUUUACACCUGAGACAAUAUUU